AUGCAUACGACAUAUGGCACUUAUAUGACAUACGGCACUUCUACUUAUGUGACAAAUGUGCCGUAUUGCCGUGGUAGUGUGCCGAGGGUAGCUACCCCUCAAGAUACUAAAUGUUUACCAACAACUGUUUGGGCGCUUUCACCUGAAGAUAAACAACAAUUGAUUGGAGGAUAUGAAGUUGAUUUCAUUCCGAAGAACGAAUGCUAUUCUUACAAUAGACCGAAAAUGGCUGAUCCAUUUCUAACUAACGUGAGUUGGAAGAUUGGAAAAGAAUCCACAUUUACAAUAGAUCAUCACAGCUCGGAUAUAAAUACUAUUUUCUUACUUCCGUAUAUACUUUUUAGUAAAAAGUGA